CGAAAAAUGUUGUGAGGCAUUCCUUAACCCCGACAAAAACUCGCGCUAUAUAUAUACAUAUUUCGCCGAUUCUGGUCAUGGCUUUUCUUUUCAACCUAUUGACUCUUCUGGCAGUGGCCGCCAUUUCCAUACACGUGACUCUUGCACUGGAAUUCAUGGAUGAAGGGGCUUUGGGAAACGAUGAGGCCCAUCAUUUGGACGAUGAAUCCUCCGCUGAGGUGCCUGGAAUUUUGACGGGUUAUACCAGGGAUACCAUCGCUCAUUUUAAUCCAAGAAAGGCAGAUGCGGGAUUUCGACAACUAUGGGAACGUGUUCCUCUACAAAAAAUCGAUGUGAUUAAGCGGAGAUAGUGAAACUUACUCAAAACAACGUUUACUUACUCAAAGUCAUGACCAAAUCACCAAUUAUCUCAAUUGAAAUGUUAAUUACAUUGAAAUGGAAUAUUUCGAAUUAACAAUAUUUAAAUUCUUUUUUUUUUAAGCUUGUAAAGCACUCAACAACUUAUUCGUAAGUAUAGUAAAAUAAAAGAUAGCAGAGCAAAUUGUA